CAUCUAGAUAAAACUUCUGACUGCUUGAAAAUGAGCCUUAUACGCAACACAGUAUUGCUUGACAGAGCACCUGGACACUGAGGAAGAACAAAGGGAAAAGUUACAUCACAGCUUUGCAAGGACAACGCUCCAUGUUUUCGCAGGGAAGUUGUUAAGCAGUAGAGAGCAGAGUUCGCUGGGAGUAGAAAGUGAGUUACCUCCAUUGGCAGAGGAAAAACAAACAAGCUGUUGUUUAAAGGAAAGCAAGACCAGUGAAUGCAAGAAUGAACCCCCCUUGUGUUUUCGGUUGAUGUUUGUUCACUGCUGUUCUGAAGGCGCCAGUCAUGCGCUGAAAUGAAGUAAGGCUGCAUUGCAGGGAUGGCAAUCUGAAAAAUCCAUUCCCUGAUUCGUUCAGGACUUAUGCUCGUAUGGCUAGGAAGAGGAAUGCUGUAAGUAACGCUAUUAUGUUGCUAAACAGGGGGUUCUCCUCCAAGAGACUCUUUUUACGAAUUUCUGUGAGUUCCACAGCUCUCGUUGCCUGAGCUACCGUUCUACUGAAGAACUGCCAGCAGUUCCAAACGCCAUGCAAAGCCUAAAAAAGACAAAAUUAAAACGUUAAAAGCCCAAAGACUUUUGCCACCUCCUCUCCAGCAGCUCCGAUCGCGUCAUCACCCCGUGUGCUCCUCGCUUCGCUUUCCCCGGCCCGUAACCGUGCGAGCCCGGAACCUACGAGCCGGAAACGCUGCGAGCCCGGAGCCCCGUGAGAUCGGACCCCCGCGAGGCCGGGCCCGUGGCGGCGGGGCCCGAGGAAACACCGGCAGCGGUACCAGGACAGGCAGCAGCGGCGUGGCCCCGGCGGCCCCCCGGCCAUGUACCGGCAGAGCUUCCGCCCCCCCACGCCUCCGUACCCGGGCGGCGGCGGGCUGCGGAGCCCCCCGCCCGGUGGCGGCCCCAUGGCGCCCUCCCCGCGGGGCUACGGCAGCCCCCAGCACACGCCGCCCUACGGCCCCCGGGCCGGGCCCUACGGCGGCGGCCGCUCGCCCCGCGGCUUCGGCUUCCACGGCGGAGGCCGCUUCGGGAGCCCGUCGCCGGGGGGGCAGACCCCGCGUAGGCCGCAGAGCGCCAGCCCCCGCUACCCGGCUCCCUACGGCGGCAAGUCCCCGGCCGGAGCUCCCCCGCAGCCGCAGCAGCACAAGCGCUCGCCCGGGGGCUUCCAGAGGCGCUACCAGGGAUCACCCAGGACAUCUACUCCAUUUGGUACAGCGCUUGGCAGAGAGAAAAGAGUGUCUAAUGAUGUGGAAAACUAUUACAGACCUUCAAUGCUUGAGGACCCAUGGGCUGGCCUAGAGCCAGUUUCUGUUACAGACAUAAACCAACAAUACAGCAGUGAGCAAACAACAUAUACUGGUAAAAAAGGGAGGUAUUUCAGUUAACACUUUUAAAGGCCAAAUAACUCCAUCUUGUCAGGAAAACUUUGGGACAAAAUCUUUACACUUACACAAGAUGAACAAUAAUAAAGACCUUAGUUAAUGUUUUUAUUUGAUCACCUGUCCACCCUUUUAUCCAAUUUUUUUUAUUGCAAUGGAAAUUUUUAUGUGUGGGGAGGGAAAAGGAGUGGUAGGAUAACUUACAUUUCUGGCUGCGUGGAAGUGCCUACCAGCUUUGAAGAACAAAGUGUUCUUUAAUCACCAGCGACUGAUCUGUGACUGUUAAAACAGGUUUCCAUAUAUUUACCUCUUCCAUGCCAGAUUGUUAGCCUUUUAUUGUAAACUCCUUUAAGAAAUGGUAUUUUUUUAUGUUUCAACAUUUUUAGAAUGAAGUAACUUGGAAAUAAAAUAAAGUUUUGUAAAUCC